UUCUCUCACGUAUAGUGUAUCCAUUAGUAUCCAAGGGAUACCGGCGAAAUGCAUCGAUAUUGUGUAUAAAAGCAGACUGCAAGGCAUCUCCGAUUCAGUGUUACAAAGAUGAUUUUAACGGUCAUGGCACUUUGCAUCGCCACAGUGUUAACCGUACCAACACAGGAUAAGAUAAGCAGCUCAUCAGCACUUUUCGAAAACGCUUUUCUCUCUGCUGAUUUCGAUCAGAACAAUCUUGUAGAAUUGCUGAGCUCUGAUGCGAUUAAUUGUUUCCCACCGGAGGAUAGACGACACAAAUACGAGUGGGCUGGAGGCUUCAACCAGAAACAUUUUCUAGAUGAAUUAAACAGCAGCGACAAUAGUGUUGAUAUGGAUAGUAGUUAUAUCGAUGAAACUCCGAAGAAAAAACGUUUGGAUAAGAAAAAUGACAAAAAUGUGGAAUCGGAUUCCUACGCGCAAUAUCCGACUUCUUGUGCAUGUCAAACAAAGUACGAGCUGCUUGAUUUGGGCUACACGCACUUUCCGAGGUACAUCGUUAACGCAAUCUGUCAAAAUCGAAACAUCAACAGUCGCAAGUGUUGGCGUGGCCUGCGCUGCAAAGAGAUUCCCUACAAGGUACGUGUAUUGACCAAGCGCUCGGAGAGCGAAUCGAACGAUCCGGAUCACCAUUCCACAUUGCUACCAGAACCACUACGCGAUUUUUGGCGCUUCAAAACGGUAACUAUUGCUGCGGCUUGCCAGUGCUCUGUUUAAAAACUCUACUAUAUUGGAAUUAAUAUAAGCUUGUGUAAUGUAAGUUUCAUAAUUUCAAAUGUAAUAUAAACACAGUUAUGACAAGAAAAAAAGAAAGCCAUUAUUUUGAAAAAAAUCAAUAAAGUAAAGCCAUAUGCACUACAGUCCGCUGCGAAAUGGGACCUUUUCAAACGCGAGACAAUAUUACGGUUUCAGGUUCAA